AUGAACGUAACCAAACGGGUCGGAGGCUUUCAGGCGCUCGUGAGGGAUGCCUGCGUCAUGGGCUCUGAGGAGGACAGCGGCGAGGUGGACGCAUCUCAACACGACGCUGCCAGUGUUGCAGACGUGUCCGUGGAGGUGUCCACGGUGGACCACACCUUACAGAAGCUCUGCAGGAAGUUCAGGAAGACCCGGCGCAAGCCCAAAGGCCUCGCCAGGCUGUGGGCCCACCUGCUGAGCAUCCAGCACCUGGCGGUCAUCAUCACAGCUGUGGUGUUUGUGCUGGUGGUCGUCUUGUGGUCGCUGCUCUGGGUCUUUAUAUUUCGAAGAGAAGGCAACAGCGGCGCCUACUUUGCAGGCAUGUUCCGUGUGGCCAACAUGGACUUCAUCCCAGAGUACCGCCAGGCCGAAUCCCACGAGUUUGUCUCCAUGGCGAACAAAAUCCAGCAAGUGGUGAGCAGCGUGUACAAGAUGUCCUCGGUGGCCCGCCUGUACAAGCACGCCACCAUCUCCGACCUCAGUACCAACAACAAAGGAGGCGUGCUGGUGCACUUCUGGAUGGUCUUUGUGGUGCCGCAUCUCAGGAGCCCGGCGGUGUGUGAGGAAUGUGUGGGCGUCAUCCUCAAGGACUCCGUACACAACAGCCUCAAGAACCGAUCCUCUGUGGGCUACCUGCUGGGACUACCUGUGGACAUAGACUCCAUCCUCAUUAAUGCUGUUCUACGCUCAGAUUACACGUCCAAUGCUGCAGGCUCUCAGUGCGUGGACAAACUCUACGCCAACCUUCCCGGCGCGAGCGUCCCUCUGAACGUCUUCUCCUCGUGGGGCGGCGUGCGAUGCCACGUGAAGCUCACCGCCGUGGCCGGGUUCCUCAUCCGUCUGACCGUCGACUCGCUCCGGAUCGAGCCCAGCGACUGCGUGAACGACGCCCUGACGGUGUACGACGCCCUGCUGCCCAUGAGGGGGCGUGUCCUGCACAGGAUGUGUGAGUCGCUGUCCGCCGUGGUCUCCCUGGUGUCUACUUCCAACGUCAUGCUGCUGUCCCUCGCCAUGACCAGUGGGCACAAGAGCUUCACGGGACACUUUGAGGCCGUGGCGCAGGAAGUCUGCACGUCUCACAUUGAGACCAAGUCCCAAGCCGACAUGACGGGUCACAUCUACAGCCCCUUCCAUCCCAGCCUCAUGCCCCCCCACUGCUCCUGCACCUGGACCUUCCAGACACCUGACUCUUCCUUGGGGGUUGCCCUGCACUUCCACGACUACGUGCUGAAAGCUAAAGACUCGAAGGGCUGCGAGCACGGGUGGUGGAGGGUCAACGAGGCGAUCUUCUGCGGCAGCUACGUGGGACACCCCACUGUCUUUCGCAUCGCCCAGCACGUGGCGGAGGUGGAGUUCCGCUGCACCGCCCGCGGCUCCUCGCAGCCUUUCCGGGCGUCGUACGGCAGCUACAACAUCAGCCGACCAUGUCCAGAAGGUCACUUCCUGUGCUCCACUGGACUCUGCGUGGAGAAAAGUCGCCGCUGCGACGGCCUGGACGACUGCCGCGACGAGAGCGACGAGGUCUUCUGUUCCAGGCCCACCAAGAACUGCGGGGGACACCUGCAUCCUGUCUUCGUGUGCAAUGGAGAGACCGACUGCAGCGACGGAGCCGAUGAAAGCAACUGCACUCAAGAAACCAGCUGCUCAGCCGUCAGGUAUCGCUGCCACGGCGGCUCCUGCAUCUUGAAGAAGAACGCCAGGUGUGACGAUGUGGUCGACUGUCAGGACGGCAGCGACGAGGAAGACUGCGCUUGCGGGAGCCCCGCCCCUGCGUCCCAUCGUGUUGUGGGCGGAGUCAACUCGGAGGAAGGGGAGUGGCCUUGGCAGGUCAGCCUCCACUUCUCCGGCCACCUGUUCUGCGGCGCCUCCGUGCUCUCUUCUGAUUGGCUCAUCUCAGCGGCCCACUGCUUCAGCAAAGAGAGGCUGUCCGACCCGCGGCACUGGCGGGCCCACCUGGGGGUGCUGACGCAGGGCGGCGCCAAGCACGUGGCGGAGAUCCAGCGUGUGGUGGUCCACGAGUACUACGACGCCUACACCUUCGACUACGACGUGGCCCUGCUGAGGCUGAAGAGGGCGUGGCCUCCCUCGCUGGGCCCGCUUGUGCAGCCCGUGUGCCUGCCCGCCGCCUCCCACGCCGUCACCGCCAGACAUCGCUGCUGGGUCACGGGCUGGGGGUAUCGCUCGGAGGAAGACAAGGCGCUGCCGUCCGUGCUGCAGAAGGCCCAGGUGUCCGUCAUGAGCCAGACUGACUGCAAGAAAAGUUACGGCCUGGUGUCGCCCCGCAUGUUGUGUGCCGGUGUCCCGUCCGGGGAGCGGGAUGCCUGCAGGGGGGAUUCGGGCGGCCCUUUGUCCUGCCGGGCGCCAGGCGGGGGCCGCUGGUUCCUGAUUGGCAUCGUCAGCUGGGGGGCGGGCUGCGGCAGACCCAACCUUCCCGGGGUCUACACCAGGGUCACCAAGUUCACCUCCUGGAUCCGCAGCCACAUUGAUCCAGAAUCACCGUAAAUUGAUGUAAUGAUAAUAAUGAUGGCGGGGAAAUUAGAGAUCGACCGAUUAUCGGUGCCGAUAUUUGCCAUUUUGACGUAAAUCUUUUUUUUUUUUUGUAGCAAUCCAAUAUAUGGCACUAAUUUUUAGUAUUAAAAAUAAUAUUUAUAAUAAUAAUAUUUA